UAAGGAUCUGGUCAAUCACGAUUCACAUUUCUCUUUAGAACUUCACACAUCAAAUAAUGCUGAAAAUCAUUGCAUCCGUGUGCUGCAUUUAUUUGGCUGCAGCUGCAACUACAACACAUCGACCCCACCAUACACACCCUCAUGGAACACGUCCCACUCACGAGGCAUCAGUUGGAGAGUUCUUCGCAUUCUAUUACGACUAUCACACGCAUGUUUUGUUAGUGAGAUCUGCACAUACCUGUUACCUGUAUAAAACAAGUCCACAGGAACAGAUAGACGUUCAUAACUCACAUGGACUUCACGUCAUUGAGAAAAAUGUCAUAGAUAUCAUUGACUCCAAUCCCACGAUGGCCUCCAUAACACACGACGCUCUGGUUGCUAUGAAUGCAAGACUUGGAACACUCUGUAAUGUGAAGCAUUACACCCAAAUUUAUAACAUUAACUAGUUCGCUACAAAGUAUUGCAAAGUGAACUGAAGUCGUUUAUCUUUUGUUAAUACAUUGUUAAUAACAUUUUUAGCAUAAAAGCUUAAAACAAUCAUUGCUUCUUUUUUAUUUUAAUAAAAUAC